UGAGUGCGAUAUAACGCUUUUAUUUAUUAAUUAAGCUAUUCUUGGUACAGAAACUUUUCUUAUUGUGUACAAUACGCAUAUCGGGAAUAUUAAUUUGAUCCGCCUGUUUUUUGCCAUACAUGUGACGAUGCUUUCAACCGUAAAUGCUAAUCCGAAUUUGCCGGUAGUGUAUUGCUAUCAAGACAAUCGUCUAAUUCCCCAUCAAUUAUCGGCGAUCAAAUUCGAAGGAGAGAUCACAGAGGAUCGUAUGCAAGCAGUUUCAAAUUUUCUUAAGAUAAUUGGAGAUAAACUGUUGGUACUAGAUGGAGACCGCACCGCACUAGAUGGUGCUGAAUUGGGUGAUCAUCGUCAUCAACAAAUAGUAGAUUUUAACACGCUAACCAAAAUGGUAGACGGAGAAGAAGCUGGAGAUGAUCAAACUUCAGCAAAUAAGCGGCAGCGCAGGCGCUCCGUAUUAUAUCCACCUCAAGGAGCGAGGCCAUUCCGAGAUGAGAACGGCGAAGUCGCUUUACUCGAAAAAGAACCGCCGAUGCCGCGAAGAAAAGUUAGUUUUCCUAGUGGUGGUGAAGUGCCGAACUUUGGUAGAAGACACACAAUUGCGGAAGUCAGAGCUGGACUUCUGAAAUCCACCGAGGGUGAUGUAGUUUCCCAUAUUCCUCAUAGACCUACGAGACAUGAACGAAUCAGAAGAAAAAUUUCAGAUAUAUUUGUUCGUGCCGGCAGGCGACAUAGUAAAGCUGUGAUUGAUGAAGCUAUAUACGAUGUAAAGAAGAACGAGGAGGAACUAGCAUCAAGGAGAAAUUCUUGCAUAAGAUUAACCGAACCUUCUAUUUUAUAUGAUAUUGUCAAGAGAGGAAUAUCCAGUAGUCCUCGCCCUGAGUUGACAGAAUCAGCAAGUAACCUUAGGAGGUUUUCCGAAGGCAGCGCGAUCCCAGGUUCUGCUAGAAGACGGUUAUUGGCUAUCGAAAAUGUAAAGAGAAGGGCUAGCUUUGAAUUAGAGAAACUUUUAAACAAGGAAACCAAGGAUGUUAGAAGGAAGUUGACGGAUCCUGAAUCACAAAAUCCAUGGUAUUUCCGAAAGAUAAAGCGUAUAGAAGCCGAGAAAAAACUUUUAUUGGCGGAAAAUGAACACGGCGCUUUCCUGAUUCGUGAUUCAGAAAGCAGACACAACGAUUAUUCUUUAUCAGUACGGGAUGGUGAUACCGUCAAACAUUACCGCAUAAGGCAAUUGGAUGAAGGAGGUUUUUUCAUUGCUCGUCGAACAACAUUCAGGACAUUGCAAGAACUAGUCGAGCACUAUAGCAAAGAUCCCGACGGAUUAUGUGUCAAUUUAUGCAAACCAUGUGUUCAGAUCGAAAAACCAGUGACGGAGGGUCUUUCUCAUCGUACACGAGAUCAGUGGGAAAUAGACAGGACGUCUCUGAAAUUUGUACGCAAGCUUGGUCAUGGCCAAUUUGGCGAAGUUUGGGAAGGUUUAUGGAACAACACAACUCCAGUAGCGAUAAAAACUUUAAAACCAGGCACAAUGGACCCCAAAGACUUUUUGGCUGAAGCUCAAAUCAUGAAAAAACUGCGACAUUUAAAACUUAUUCAAUUAUUCGCUGUUUGCACAAUGGAAGAACCGAUCUAUAUCAUAACAGAGUUAAUGAAGAACGGAUCAUUGCUAGAAUAUUUACAAGGUAAAGGUCGAGGAUUAAAACUGGCACAAUUGAUAGAGAUGUCAGCUCAAAUUGCGACCGGUAUGGCGUAUUUAGAAUCUCAGAAUUAUAUUCAUCGAGAUUUGGCAGCCAGAAACGUUCUUGUUGCUGAAUCUAAUGUAGUUAAAAUUGCUGAUUUCGGUCUUGCCAGGCUAAUAAAGGAGGAUGAGUAUGAAGCUCGUGUCGGUGCAAGAUUUCCAAUUAAAUGGACUGCGCCAGAAGCCGCAAACUAUAGCAAAUUUUCUAUUAAGUCUGAUGUCUGGUCAUUUGGUAUAUUACUUACGGAGCUGGUUACAUAUGGCAGGAUUCCAUAUCCAGGUAUGACAAACGCAGAAGUAUUACAUCAAGUAGAGCAUGGCUAUCGUAUGCCGUGCCCACAGAACUGUCCUUCAGCCUUGUAUGAUAUUAUGCUGGAGUGCUGGCAUAAGGAUCCUAUGAAGCGACCAACAUUUGAAACAUUGCAAUGGAAACUCGAAGAUUUCUUCACCAUGGAAGGCAGUGAGUAUAAAGAGGCGUCGGCUUACUGAGACCGCGCCAUCCGUCCACCGCCCGGCGAGUCCAUAUACCAGACCAGCAGUUCUAUGUUUCAAUACAACACCAUGAGACAGAAACAACAACUGUCGCAGCAGCAAAUGCGCCGUGCCCACCAGCGGCCCCAAUUCCCGGCCGUUGUGUACGGUCAGAGCGUGCAGGCUCAACAGCGCGUGCUGAUGACGGCCAACGGACUGCAUUUCGCCACUCUGCAACCAUAUGGCUGCGGAUCGCUGAGGCAUGUCAGCUCCAAGAGAAAUUGAUUCACUAACUAACAAUUACAAGAUCAAUAAUAA